GUUUACAUGAGUCCUUUAGGUUGGACGUAAGUCCCUAUUGCUAGUUGGGGCACUGGGUAUGUGUGUAUCUAUACUGGCAGCUGGUCUCCUUAUUCAUAUCUUUAAUGUUGAUGAGGAGAGAGAGGGAGGGGGAGGGAGUGAAGAGGAGAGACAGGUUGUUGGAUAUUUUGUGGCUCUCCUGAUUGUACUCUUUGUGGCUUUCUUUGCAUCUACCUGGGGGCCAGUCGUUUGGGUGGUGACUAGUGAAAUAUUCCCUCUCUCUGUUAGAGGUGUUGCUGUUUCAGUCACUACUUCUGGUAACUGGAUUGGGAACUUUGUGGUUGCUAUGGUAACCCCAAUACUUCUCGGUUCUGUACUAAAGACGGCCGGUACAUUCUAUAUACUGGCAGGUUUUCUCUUUGCCUCAUUUUUAUCUGUGUUGCUAACACUUCCUGAAACAAAAGGAGAGAGUUUAGAGAGAAUUGAUGAAUUGUUUCUGAGGCCAUGGCUACAGAGGAUCAACCUAUUCUACUAUCUGAGGUGUUGUUGUCCAUGGUCUAAUGCUUGUUGGGUAAGGACUGCACAAGAAGAGGACACUGUAGCCAUUGUUGGUAUAAAGAAUGAGAACAAAGAUGAUACGAGUGAUGAGGCUGAAGAUGAGUGAGUC